ACUAAACAGAUCACAAUAGAUCACUAACUUCUGUGUUUUGACUGAAAGAUUUAUCAUUUGAGUUGUGUAUUGAAUCCAAACAAAAAUAGGUGAAAGAAAAAAAAAAUAACAUAAUGACCUAUUUUCAAGUCAAAGAAACCAAUCAAGGAUGGACAGAGACAUGUGUUUAUGGUUUGGAUAAACCCCUACAACGUCAGUGGCAUGUCACCUUUCUGGAUGAUUUCUCGUCACAGUUCCAGAUCUACAGUGCUACCGGCGGUUCUUAUCUGUCCGUCAUUGAUCGCCGAUACGAAACGUCACAUUUCCAAACGCUCACGGUGGAAUAUGUCGUACAACCUGAUAGGGAAUCCAAUAUUUACGUGCCCUGUCAACAGAAGGAUGUGCGAACUGGAAAAGAGAUAAUCUCAAACCAAUCAUCACAAGUUUCCAUCAACGUGGAUCCAAUUCUAUCAACAGCUAAUGAACUAAGCUACAAAUCUCCACUAGCUCCUGAUCUAACGACAACUAAGAACAACAAGACAUGCCAGCCGACAGCUUUCAGUUGCCCGGAGUGCCAGAAAAGAUUCUAUAGCAAGGGUGGCCUCACUCAGCAUCACAAGGCCAAACAUACUGAACUACAGUCGACAAAGCACCGAUGCACAGUUUGUGGCAAACGAUUUCGCACCGAAGAUCAGCUACAGAAACACACGAGCCGUCACCAAAGCGAAGAAAAGGAAUUCGCCUGCCCCGUGUGCCCGAAACAGUUCCAUUGGUAUCAGGAUCUGGAACGGCACCACGUGGUCAAACAUGGCGUAUCGAGGUACACUUGUACCGAGUGCGGGAAAAAGUUCGGCCGCGCCGAUCAUUUGGCAGGGCACGAACGAUCGCAUCAGCUACGAGUGACUCGGAGGUUGAAGUCGGAUAUUGGUUUGGGAAAAUCGAAAUAA